CACAAUGGAUGCAAAAUUAGAGUUUUGUUGGCAGUAUAUUCUCUUACCAUGAAUCUGAUAGGACAAUGGGAGUGAGUGGUGUGGAGAGGAGAGAUGAAAUGAAGACAAAAUGAAGUCCAAAUUCACAUGAAAUGAAAUGGCUUCCAUUGUCGUAUUCUAUAUAUAUUCAUAGCUACCCCCCCUGAGCCUCCUUAUGUUCAAGUCUCUUCUCAAGGGGACUCCAUUUCAUUUUUUAUUUUAUCUUUUUUCUUUGUUGGAACUCAAUAGUAUUGAUUUCUUUCAUGGCGAAAGGCCGGCGACUGUCCACCAGCAGAAGCGAACGGUACCUCGGGAGUUUCGGUUACGGUCACAACCAAGUGGAAACCGUCACGGACGAAACGGAACUCGGCGAGGAAGAUGUCUGGUCCAUGGUUGAUACCGUCUCAGACCGACCCGACCAGGGUGACGGUAAUCCGCGGAGCGAGUGGACUACACGCGUCGAGCAUGAGAGUAAUGGGAAUGAGCACCUGGGCCGCCGCCGAAUCCCUCGAGAUGAGCGCCACGUGGGCGGAUUGUCUUUGGCUUUCGAGGAUUCUUCUUCGACCAAGCCUAGGAUCGUGCACCAGUUUCGCGGCCACGACAAGGUGGCAGCCGCUGCUUCGCCACGUGGUCACAAGAUGGCCACUUCAGCGCCAGUGAACGUGCCUGACUGGAGUAAGAUUUACAGAGUGGACUCGGUGGAGUCUAUACAUGACUCGGAUGAUUGUGAGUCGGAGGAGAUGAUGCCGCCGCAUGAGUACUUAGCACGUGAGUACGCCCGGAGUAAGAAAUCUGGUGGGGCGUCGGUAUUUGAAGGCGUUGGUCGCACGCUCAAGGGCCGCGACUUGAGGCGGGUCAGGGAUGCAGUUUGGAGCCAAACCGGGUUUGAUGGAUAGCCCCUUAAAUAAAAAAAAAAAAAAAAAAAGGACCCAAAACCAGCUUAAUUAUGAUUGAUGACAAUGAGAUACCAUUAUUUUUUUCUUUUGACUUGGGCAAUGAUUCGGCUGAGUCGACACAUGCGAGUGAACUCAGUAUCGAGUGAGCACAAACAGGAUUUUGAAUUGGGAGGGUCAAAAAAAUUCUGUUCUUAGAUUGGAAUUCAGAAGUUAAAAGUGUGUUUCCAAUUUCUAUUUAAUGGUAAUUUGAAACCAAAUUAAGUUCAGGUAAACAAAAAAGUUAUGGUUUAUAUAUAUAAAGAUUAAACUAAACUCAAACCGAUGCCAACAAAAUAUUUGAAUAACUAAAAGUAAAUUUUACUAUACAUAUAUUGAAAUUCCUUUGAUUGAUUGGAUUAAGUUAGAAUAGAGUUAAUAUUUACUCUUAAAAGAAUAACAUAAAAA